UUGUAUUAUGCGACCAAGAAGGUUCUUGCCUAUUCCGUAAAUAAUGGAAAGGUAUAAUUUAUUUCUAAAACAAUGAGAUUCUUGAUUGAGCAGAAAGCAAAAGAUGCUCAAACAUAAAAAAAAACUAGAAGUCUUUAAAUGGAUGACUUGUGCCUCAGCCAUACAUGCAAAAAAACUACCGUUCGAUCCCCGCAAAAAUGGAUGAAUCAAUCAAUGCUGCUCUACUGGCAGCUGAUGAAUCUGAUAACUCUAAUAACUUGGAUGAUGGCAUAGAUGAACGGCAUUGCAUGUAUAUUCUCAAUGCCAUCCUUAGCGGCACUGCUCGGCUCAAUGUUCUUCUGCCCAGUAUUACGAUUUUAGCUUACACUAUCUUUACUCCUCUCCUGACAAAUGAUGGCAAGUGCAGUACUCUAGACAGAUGGCUCAUGGGCAGUUUCUGGGCACUUUGUUCUGUGUCCUGCAUCUUCUUCUCCAUAACUGAUAGCUUCAGAGCUGCAAAUGGGAGGUUAUACUAUGGUGUAGCAACCAUCAGAGGAAUAUGGACCUUCAACGGAGGCCGGAAGAGCCCCCUCAUUCCAUCUGAUUACAAGCUGAGACGGUCAGAUCUCUUCCAUACACUGCUGUCGGUUAUUGCAUUCCUGACUUUUGCUGCAUUACACAAUGAUGCUCAGCAAUGUUAUUACCCUGCAAUUCCAAGAAAAGUGACCAACACUGUUCCUUUGGUCGUUGGAUUUGUUGUAAGUGUUUUAUUUGUUUUGUUUCCUAGUAAAAGAAGGGGUAUCUGCCAUCCCUUUCUGCUACAAAAACAUCCCCUGUAUUUGCAACCUUGAGAUAAAAUAAUCAUCUUACUACACCAUUCGCACAUCAUUAAGUGUUUGAAUAUCAAUGCAAUUUUACAUGUCAAUAAUAACUAUACCAAAAGUAAUCACAGUUGUUCA